CUUCUCAUUAUAUGAUGCAGUCAUAUAACUGUCACAAUAUUAGAUGUAUGCGUGUGUUUGGUAAGAGGUGUUUACUCGAGGAGUCAAUUCAUGAAUACCUAACGUUUAUCAUUAUAUAUAUGUAUUAUACAUUUCUGCGAAUUCGAACCCAUUAUGAAUCACAUUGAAGUCAUGUUUUCAGUUCUCCCCUGCUUAGUAGUGAGAGUAGAUAAAGUUUAUGUUCACAAACAAUUAGGCCUAAUUUGUUUCAUAUUUACAUUACAUAGUACAGUAAAUGAAGUGGGAGAGAGUGGGGACGGAAUCGGGAAAGCUCAACGCCAUUAAAACAGUCAGUUUGAGAUUCAGACACCAGAAUGUCCAGCACUGUCAUACCCAUGAACUCUUCAACGUUCGUCAUCCAGUUUCAACCAGCAAUACAAACAACACCUGUUACGACGGUGACAAAUGCUCCUGUGCCUGUUUAUAUACAACAGGUGGCGGGAGUUUCACCUCUUCAUGGACUUCAGGCGUUUCUGAAAGGCCAACCGAAAGCCCUCGGGACGGUCCAGAUAAUGAUCGGUGUGCUGACUUUCCUGUUUGGCAUUGUGUCUACAGUUUAUGCACAGUCCAUCUUUGUUAUUAUUGGUCUUCCUUACUGGGGAUCUCUCAUCUACAUUACAGCAGGUGCACUCUGCAUUUCUGCAGAAAAUAAAAUUAAUUCACCUUCCGGUUUGUGUUUGGUGAAGGCUUCACUUGGAAUGAAUAUUUUCAGUACUUUAACCGCAGGCAUCGCCAUUAUUUUCACUUUACUGGAUUUGGCUUCAGGACCAAUGAACUCUUACUGCAGCGGUUAUGACUGUUAUUAUUUAGAGACAAAGUAUAGGACUCUCUUCAGGGGAAUCAGUGGUGUAUUGUUGGUAUUCGCCUUGCUUGAGUUUACCAUCUCCAUCUCUCUGUCAGCAUUUGCCUGUAAAGCCAACCCCUGCUGUUGUCCUCCUCAGGUGCAGUUUGUCCCUCAAGUUCUACCUCAACAGCCCUCUGAUUUCAGGCCCAUUCAUUUCCAUGGUCUUAACAGCUCAGAGAUACCUGUGGCCAACAGCUCUUCCAUUCAUCACCAGCCUGCAGACGCUCCUCCACAAUACAGUGAAUUCAAAUAAAUGUUCGCUUAUGAAACAAAAAUAUAUGGGAGUGUUUUAGAAAAUAUAAUAUAGUUUAUUAAAUAAUACAUUUCCAUAUACGGGAAACUAGUGCUUAUGUUUUUUUUUAACAUACUGCAAUAUAUUCAUGGAACACGUAUGGCUACAUAUAUACUAUGCAUAUUAUAUACUGAUGCAUAUGAAAAAAAAUAAAAAUACACUACAAAAGUGCACUACACUCUUAAAACUGCUGGGUUAAAAACAACCCAAUUUAGGUUUUGGCAACCUAGCGCUGGGUCAAAAAGUGACGAACUCAGUGAUGGGUUGUUUUAACCCAACAAGUUGGGUUAUAUGUUUGACCCAGCAUGCUGGGUUGCUUUUUUAUAACGGACAUUAAGUUGAGCUCAGUGAUAAAUUUAUUCAAUAAUUUAGAAGAUGUAUCAGAUUGAGAUUUAUCCAAAGCAGAAUUUUCUACAGCAUUAAAAUCACCACCCACCACUAAUGGGCAAUCAGUAUCAAGUAAUGUUUACUUACUCAAGUAAAUAUUUGUAAAGAAUGCACUGUCUGUCUCAUUCAGAUCGUAAAUAGAGACCAAUGCUAACAUUAUGCAGUUAGCAUUAACACAGGCAAAAUUAUAUAUAUAUAUAUAAAAAAAAAUCUAAAAUGGACAAAAUUGUCCAUAAGCACAGUUGCCACCUCUCGUGAGACAAAUAAGCAACCGCAGCUUCCAAAAUAAGCCCAAUAUUUUUUUUGGAUGAUUUAUUAUCAUCAAUAUUAUUUAUUAUCAAUUAUUUAUUACCAAUAAAUGAGCCUGCAACAUAUUAAACUGAAACCACUCUUUUAUCUGAAAAGCAAAAACAGAAGCUGUUUUACAAAAAUGAGCAAACUGCAACAAAAGUGGGAACAAAACUCGUCUCCAAUCACCUGUGAGCAGAAUAAGAUCAGAGAGAUGAAAAAGGAGAAAAGCACAAGAGCUUCAAAGGGGAGCUGUAACAUAGCCACAUAUAUAUAGCAUAAAAUAUAUAGGGAUCAUUCUAUGGAAAUGACAAUUUUUCUGUCUCUAGCCUUUACAGAAAUAUUACACUUGAAAAACACUUGGUUACAAUUUUUUUUUAAAUAUAUUUUAAAAUGAAACAAUGGAACAAUAUUUGAACAAUUACACCUUUUUGAGCCAUCAAUGUGGCAAUAUUUGUUUUUAAUUAAUUAUAAAGAAUUCCAAGCACCACAAACUGCUCGUCCCCACAGCCAUGUACAGAGGGAACGUGCUUUAUUUUGAGGUCAAAAACAGGUUUUUCUUCCAUUUAAAAUAAAAUAAUGUAUACAUAACUAUCAAAUAAAUGACAUAAAAAAAACAAAA